ACUGAAAGUAUGGUAAUUAUGAAGUGGGAAAGCAAUGGCAAAAUGGAAUAUUGAUAUCAUUAGCUUGGGAACGGCUACGGUGCUAAUUGUACAAUAGUUAGCACCGUUCUAACCAAGGGAAAAACUACUACUAGUUUGAAUUAGUAGUGAUUUAGCUUAGAUGUUGUAUUGAUUUCAUAAUAAUCCGUAGUGAUUUUUGCUAGUUAUCACGGUGCUAACCCCUAUAGGGGUUAGCACCUAAUCCCAUCCCAUUAGCUUUCAACACGGCAUUGGCCGCAUUGCAUUUACGGCUGUUUUCCUUUCCUUUUCCAUCCCACAAAGCAAUACAAAUAAAUACCCUCUCUUUUUCUACCCAUCAAGUCCUUCAAUUUGUGCUGGUCUUACUACAUCGAAACAUCUUUGUUAUUUCCAUACGCCAAUGAAAUAUCAUCACCGUUCAACUUGUCUCCGCCGGCCGGCGGAUGAAAGCUACCUCCCAGUUGAUCAUUUACUCGUUUGGACCACUCUUCCAAUACAUUUAUUAGUUAUUUUAAAAGUAUAAAGUAGAUCGAAUAUCCAUCAAAACGAGUUUUCUUACAUCGUAUACUAUUUUUCAUUCCAAAUAAAUUUUCACUUAAUCUAAUUCGUUCCUAGUAAAUCGUCGGUCAGUAGUCAUUACAAGAUAAUUUACUCACUGUUCUUCAACUACAUUUCUAAUUCCAACCUCUCCGAGGUAAUUCCGAUUGUAAACUUUACUUUAUACAUGUCCAAUGCAGGUGAUUUUGAGCAAGAAAAUAUAUAAAUGAUUAAUUUAACAGAAAAAACUUAUUAGUAUUUUGCUGGGUUUCUUUUUGACAAUCUAGAGAGGUAUUAGUAAACGGUAUAUGAUCCACAAUUAAACCUUUUCCAACAAUUCAAGAUAUUAGAAUCAAUUGGUUCUUUACAUGGUAUGAGAAUCUUCUGUGGCCGUGAGAUCUUUUGUUCGAUUCUCGCCCAUCUGUUUCUCUUUCUUAACAAGAGGAACUACUCAAAUAUUUACAUUAAUAACACUAUUUUGCACAACAUUAUUUUACAAGGUUAGAAAAUAGAAACUACCAAACUAAGUCGUUCUACUUUUACCAGGUCAGUCUACACGGUGGCCCAGGCCGAUUCAUUCUCGAACCAAACGCGGUCGUUUACCAGCGCCAACCCCUCUCUUCUCUUUCUCUACUGGUUUUUCCAAUUUCCACUGCGACUCCGUCUCAAGGGAAAAGAACAUUCUUUCUUCGUAGUAAAGGCAAACCGGGAGCAAGACGAAGAAGGAGAAGAGGCUCUCUACAAAAAUGGACUCCUAGCGACCAAGCUGUAGCUCAUUUCAGCAGCCAUUUCUUCCAUUCUCCCUUCCGUCCUUUCCCCUCUCCUUGUCUCUCUCAAACCUCUCGAUUCUUCAAACCUCGUGCUUCGUCGGCGGCGGCGCGGUAGCUGGAACUCCUCGGGAGGGCAGUAGUAGGCGGCCAUGGCCGGGAUGAAUCAGGAAUCGUUCAUCUACAGCUUCGUGGCGCGAGGCACGGUGGUGCUGGCCGAGUACACCGAGUUCACCGGCAACUUCCCGGCGAUCGCCGCUCAGUGCCUCCAGAGAUUGCCUUCUUCCAACGACAAGUUCACCUACAAUUGCGACCACCACACCUUCAAUUUUCUCGUCGAGGAUGGCUACGCUUAUUGUGUUGUUGCGAAAGAGGCUACGAGCAAGCAGAUCUCGAUUGCGUUCUUGGAACGGAUGAGGGCAGACUUCAAGCAAAGAUAUGGAGGUGGUAAAGCUGGCACGGCUAUGGCCAAAAGUCUCAACAAGGAAUUCGGGCCGGUUAUGAAAGAGCAUAUGAAGUAUAUUAUUGACCACACCGAAGAGAUUGAGAAGUUGCUGAAAGUAAAAGCUCAGGUUUCAGAAGUGAAAAGCAUCAUGUUGGGCAACAUUGACAAGGCAAUCGAGAGAGGGGAGAACAUAAACACCCUCGCGGACAAGACUGAAAAUCUGCGAAAUGAGGCACACACAUACAAGGAUCGAGGGACACAAAUAAGGCGGAAAAUGUGGUACCAGAACAUGAAGAUCAAGCUGGUCGUUUUCGGAAUCUUGUUGCUCCUCGUCCUCAUCAUUUGGCUUUCUAUUUGCCGCGGAUUCAAUUGCACCAAUUAAGAGGAACUCCUUGUACCAAUUGCCAUUUUGCAAGCACUCCAUGUACAGAAGAGGAAAGGAAAGUUUCUUUGUAGUCGAGAGGUUUCAGAUUCCGGAGAGGCAUUAACAGAUAGCGAAUUGAACAGCCAGCCGGCCGGCGAAGGGAUGGGUAGAGUUAUUCACCGGCUGGCGCGAGAGGAAUGUAUGGACUUCUGUGCUGUAUUCUAUCAUCUGUCAAUAAUUAUAGAACUUUGUUUUUUCUCUUCUGUGUCGUUUGGAUGAGGAAUUGUAACGGAUUAAUUUGACAGAAUUGUCUCGUUUUGAGACAAUUGUACCAAAUUGCCUCGUUUGCCAGCAAAAAUAUGGAUGGAUCAAUCUGCAUGAGGUAUUUUGAAUUGAUCUGUUUUGAGUCAAUUUCAAUUAGCUGGGGUGGGGGCAGGUAAUUCGAAUAGACUCGUUUUAAUUGCCUCGUUUAUAAAACGAGACAAUUGAUCAAAUUGACUCAUUUCUAGAUUGAUCCAUCCAAACGACCCCCAGACUUUUUCCCCGAUUUGUUUCGUGCUUGUUCUGUUUUCCCAUGUCGAGGAAGUCCGAUAGUUUGUUUUUGUCGUCCAACGCUUGGUGAGAUUUCCUUCCAUUUUUUUCCUGUUUCGAUAAUUCCACAUCACUUGUAAUAUAGCAACCAAAUUCUAAAACGGAAACUCUGAUGAUCCUGUCUACUGGAUUCAAUGUUGCCCUGCCUUGCCUUUCGGACUCUCUGAUUCGCUGCUCGAAAUCGUCGCUGUUUUUAAUGAUGUUUUGUAUGUAAAAUUAGUUAUGAGGGCAUUAGUUGUUUCCCAUCUCAAAGAUAAAUUUGCAAGACAUACAACUAUAUCAUACUCGGUAGUUAAAAUGCAAUCAAACUAUCGACGAAAGAAAUGUUUUGCUGGUAGCUCUGUUAAAAAUAUGAGGAGCAAAAUGACAUGAAAUAGAGGAGAAGAGAAAAAGGUAAUGAAUUUCCUCCUUAUAUUGUCAUGGAGUGAGUAGUUUACUUUCAUAGAGCAUGUAACAUAACUAGUUGUGACUCGCCACAAAAUGCAACAACAAUUGUUUUUGGAGAUACCAUCUCAUAGGUCACAGAGAGCAUGUAAUUUUUUUUUUUACAAGAGAGAGCAUGUAAUUUAACAAUAGAAACAUCAUAAAUCCCAUAAAAAGUUUACUAAAAACAAAUAAAAUCUACCUAUCGCUUGAGUAUCCCACAAAGAUGGUUGUACUUCCUUUAUUUUGCUUCAUUAGUACCGACAAAGCCUUCUUGAAUACCAUCUCCAGAAAAGUGAAACCCGACCACUACUCUGAGGUCAGUCUCUCUCCCUGCUAUCCGAGCUUUUCCAAGAACCGUGAGGUAAAAAUUGAGACAAUCUUAAAUUACCUAACAAGGAAAAUAAAUCAAUAGCGUGCAACCCAAUCCGUGUGCGACCUAAAACAAUUUGUAAUUUGACGAUUCGUAACUCGAUUCACUCGCUCCCGAUAGCAGAUUGACUUGCAGCCUGAAAAACCUGCGAAUCGACUAUUUAUCGGCGAUAAAACUUGUGUAUUGAU